AUGUCCUUCCUGUCGAAGCCAAACAGAAUCUGGUUGUUUGAUGUUGACCGGAAUCCGAUUCUGCAUGGAAUGUUGAAGACAACCUUCUAUAAUCAAUUCUGCGCUGGCGAAAAUGGGGCAGAAUGUCAGGCAACAAUUCAAGAAAUGAAAGACAUGGGCUUUCGUGGAAUGAUCUUGACAUAUGCUGCCGAGACUGUGUUUGAUCAUAGCACCCAAGCCUCACAAGGUCAAGGUACUGCUGUGAACAGCAAGGAUGGCAAGAGUGAGGACGGGCUUGUUUUCUGUCCCAGCAUCGAAGCUUGGAGGGCAGGAACGAUCGAGACCAUUUAUAUGACAGCAGCGGAAGAUUACAUUGCCGUCAAACUGACAGGCGCUGGGAUGUCAGUCACUGAGGCAUUUGCCGCCGGGGAGUUGCCCCCACAACAGAUGAUGGAUGCUUUGGAUGAAGUCUGCACAACAGCCAAAGACCGCAAAGUGCGCAUUCUCGUCGAUGCCGAGUCUCAGCAUUUCCAAAAGGGCAUUUCCCGCGUUGGUCUGGAACUCAUGCGCAAAUAUAACCGCGACGGCUAUGCCACCAUCAAUAAUACCUAUCAAGCCUACCUCAAAGGCACACCAGUUACACUAGCCAACCACCUCGCCGCGGCAAGCAAAGAUGGUUUCACACUCGGCUUGAAGCUUGUAAGAGGCGCGUAUAUGGCUACGGAUGAGCGAUCUCUGAUCCACGACACCAAAGAAGACACCGACAAUGCAUAUAACACCAUUGCCCAGGGAGCGCUGAGAAAGAAUAUUGGAGAAUUUGGAGACAAGGGCAGUCGCGCCUUCCCCUCGGUGAAUCUCUUCCUGGCAAGCCACAAUAAGGAGAGCGUGGUAACUGCUCACAAGCUUCACAAGCACCGCGUCAUGUCUGGGUUGCCUACCGUGCCGGUGCGGUUUGCCCAACUCCAUGGUAUGUCCGAUGAGGUGAGCUUUUCGCUGCUUCAGAUGAAUGAUGGCGAUGGAACGCCUGAAGUCUAUAAGUGCUCAACCUGGGGAGGUUUGGGUGAAUGUCUGGCGUAUCUUCUUCGCCGGGCAAUUGAGAACCGUGAUGCUGUGUUGCGGACGGAUGAUGAGUACCGGGCGUUGAAGGCGGAGGUUUUCCGGAGAGCAAAGUCGGUGUUUUCACUUACACCGUAG